UUAUUUUUUUUGUUUAAAUUUUUUGCAAAGUAAGACAGAAACACUUCAUUCAAUACUCUUUAUACUCACGGCUAAGUGAGAGAGGGCCUCUCUCUAGAAAGCAGAAACCCCAGAUCUAGAUUUCCCCCUCCUCCCCCUCUUUCUUGCCAGAUCUAGAUAUCUCCGAUCUGGAUCUUCGGCUUGAAAGUCGAGGGAGAUACUUUCCCUUUCCAUGAGGCUUCUUCCCACCUUGACAGUCGGUGGCACACAACCCCGCCCACCAUGGGCGCUUUUGCCCGGAGUUUGCCUCCGAUCUGAGGUUGUGUGCCUCUCUUUCCAUUUCUCUGUUGUUUCCCUUUCUGCUUUGUUUUUCCCUUUCCUUCAGUUUUCUUGGUCUAUUCCUCUUGUUCCUGUCCCAAUCUUUUCCAGAUCUACCUUUUUCCCCCUCAAACCCACUGCUAUACCGGUGCACUGCUAUCUCUGGUGAUGCUUAUCCUAUUCCUUCUGCAAUGGCCUGUAAAUAUGUUCCUCGGAGCUCUGUUCAAAACGGGGUCUGCCCGUUAGUGCACCCGGUGAUGCUACAAGACCCUUUGGGUGCCUGUCUCUUUGAUCCCUUGCUGGAUCUCACGUAUCUCUCUUUUCAACCAGAUGGGUACUUCGGAAUCGCCUUCGAAGCCCUCAAUGAUCUCUCGAUCCGGUUGGAUGCUGCUUCUGGUGGCUCUGUUCUCCAUGAAGGUGGCGCUGCUGGUUCUUCCUCGUUGACGGCAACUGUGUUGGCUUACCAAGAACGUGGGCUUGCCUGGUUUAGGCUCAGGGCUUUAGUAAUCAACAAAUAGCCCGCUCCGUAUUAUGCAAAAUGAGUACCCCACUAAUUUAUAUAUGUUUUGUUUGUAAAAGAUUUUUUUGAUGUACAACCUGAUGCUAUGAAUAUCACGGCAUUUAGUUAUGUUAGUUUCUCUUACUUUAAUCUUCAUAACUUAUUCUUAUUUAAGUUGUUUGUAUUAUUCCUCACACUUAAUCAGGAACAUGGGAACACUUCAGAGGUAUGUGCGUAACAAAAGUCGACCUGAGAGUUCGAUUGCUGAAGGGUACAUUGCUGACGAGGCCAUGUUGUUUUGUUCCAUGUACUUGGAAGAUUCAGUUACACGCCGGACCAAUCUUGGACGAAAUGCUGAUGCGGAACAUCGAGAUGUGUCUGGUGGUUAUUCAAUUUUCCUUAAUAUUGAUCAUGCUAUUAGAGGUUCGGGUAAAGAAGUGCAUAUGGAUUAUAACGAGUGGCUUCGCGUACAUAGAUAUGUUCUACUUAAUUGUCUAGAGGUCAAACCAUUCGUAGAGUAAGUUGCUUAUUAAAAUUAUGAAAUUGCAGCGGCAAGUUACCAAAAAUUGAGGCACUUCAGAUUUCACCUUUUGAUUAGUAUCAAUUGUGCUUAAGGCCUCUGUAUUUUUGUUGUUUUGGACUUGAUUUAUGAGCUCUCUAGUAUUGGUGGUAGCAACCUGAUCAUGGGAUAAGUGCAGAGGCUUUUAAGUUUAGCUUCAUAAGAAGAUUUAGGUUUUGGAUGUAUAUCUGUGAAGUUUGAUUUAAUUUAAUUGUGUUCAACUACUAUUUGGACUCUAUGGUAGUUUGUGUAUCUGUCAGGUAUUAUACCUGAAGUGAUUAAUGUAAUAUAAAAGUAUUAAAUGAAA